UGGCACAAGCGAAGGGAAGUCUCAGCGAGUAGGCUCAGUGGCCGGUCUGAGGAGGAGGAGGCAUGGCUGCCACGGGGGUCCUUCCCUUCAUCAGGGGUGUGGAUCUCAGUGGAAAUGACUUCAAAGGUGGCUAUUUUCCAGAACAUGUCAAGUCGAUGACCAGCUUGCGAUGGCUGAAACUGAACCGGACUGGUCUCUGCUAUUUGCCUGAGGAACUUUCUGCCCUCCAGAAACUGGAGCAUCUCUCUGUGAGCCACAACAGCAUAACCACCCUCCAUGGAGAGCUCUCGGGCCUCCCGUGCCUCCGGACCAUCGUUGCCCGAGCCAAUUGCUUGAAGAACUCCGGUGUUCCCGAUGACAUCUUCCAGCUGGAUGAUCUGUCUGUGUUGGAUCUGAGCUACAACCAGUUGACCGAGUGUCCCCGGGAGCUGGAGAAUGCCAAGAAUAUGCUAGUGCUCAACUUAAAACGUAACAGCAUCGACAACAUUCCCAACCAGCUCUUUAUCAACCUGACGGACUUGCUGUACCUCGACUUGAGCGACAACCAUCUCGAGAGCCUUCCCCCCCAGAUGCGGCGCCUUGUACACUUGCAGACCUUGAUUCUGAAUAACAAUCCACUGAUGCAUGCCCAGCUCAGGCAACUUCCGGCAAUGACCGCCUUGCAGACUCUCCACCUCCGGAACACACAACGGACUCAGAGCAACCUACCCACCAGCCUGGAAGGCUUAACCAAUCUAGCUGAUGUGGACCUCUCCUGUAACGACUUGAGUCGGAUCCCCGAGUGUCUCUACACCUUGGCCAACCUGCGGCGUCUCAACCUGUGCAGCAACCAGAUUAGCGAGCUAUCCCUCUGCAUUGACCAGUGGACUCAGCUAGAGACCCUCAACUUGUCAAGAAAUCAACUCACCUCUCUGCCUUCUGCUGUUUGCAAGCUGACCAAGCUGAAGAAGCUUUACUUGAAUUCCAACAAGCUGGAUUUUGAUGGUAUUCCCUCAGGCAUCGGGAAGCUGGUCAACCUGGAGGAAUUUAUGGCUGCCAACAACAACCUCGAGCUCAUCCCAGAAAGCCUCUGUCGGUGCUCCAAGCUAAGGAAGUUGGUUUUGAACAAGAACCGGCUAGUCACCCUGCCUGAGGCGGUGCACUUCCUGACGGAGAUUGAGAUCCUAGAUGUCCGCGAGAAUCCCAGCCUGGUGAUGCCCCCCAAGCCGGUGGACAGAACCUCCGAGUGGUAUAACAUCGACUUCUCUCUGCAGAACCAGCUCCGGCUGGCUGGUGCCUCUCCGGCUACUGUGGCGGCUGCCGGAGCAGGAAGCAGCCCAAAGGACCCCCUGGCCCGGAAGAUGCGCUUGCGGAGGCGCAAGGACUCCACACAGGACGACCAGGCCAAGCAAGUGCUGAAGGGCAUGUCGGACGUGGCCCAGGAGAAAAACAAGAAGAUGGAGGAAAACGGGGAUUUGAAAUACACCGAUCCAAAGACCCGCCGGUGGGACCAGAGCUUGGAGAAGCCACAGCUCAAUUACUCGGAGUUCUUCACAGAGGAUGUAGGGCAGCUUCCAGGUGUCUCCAUCUGGCAUAUUGAGAACUUUGUGCCUGUCAUGGUGGACGAGACCUUCCAUGGGAAGUUCUACGAGGCUGAUUGCUACAUCGUGUUGAAGACGUUGCUAGAUGACAGCGGAUCCUUGAACUGGGAGAUCUACUACUGGAUCGGUCAGGAGGCCUCGCUUGAUAAAAAAGCCUGUGCGGCCAUACACGCUGUCAACUUGCGCAAUUACCUGGGGGCCGAGUGCCGCACUAUCCGGGAGGAGAUGGGGGAUGAAAGCGACGAAUUCAGCCAGGUAUUUGAUCAUGAGAUCUCAUACAUCGAAGGUGGCACACCCAGUGGCUUCUUCACUGUGGAGGACGCUCAGUAUAUCACCAGGCUUUAUCGAGUGUAUGGUCAGAAGAACAUCAAACUGGAACCGGUGCCCCUGAAGGCUGUCUCCCUGGAUCCUCGGUUCGUUUUCCUAUUGGACCAUGGCCUGGAGAUCUACAUCUGGAGGGGGAGCCAGGCCACCUUGAGUUGGACCACCAAAGCCAGGCUCUUUGCAGAGAAGAUCAACAAAAAUGAGCGGAAGGGGAAGGCGGAAAUCAUCCUGUUGAGCCAAACCCAGGAGACACCUGAGUUCUGGGACGUCCUUGGGGGGCAGCCAGAAGAGAUCAAGGCGAAUGUCCCCGAUGACUUCAGGGCCCCUAAGCCCAAGCUCUAUAAGGUUGGCUUAGGGUUGGGAUACCUGGAGCUGCCCCAGAUCAACUACAAGCUGUCUGUAGAACACAAGAAGAGGCCCAGCGUGGAUCUGCUCCCAGAGAUGAGAUUGCUUCAGAGCUUGCUGGACACCAAGUCUGUCUACAUCCUGGACUGCUGGUCGGAUGUUUUCAUCUGGAUUGGCCGGAAGUCUCCUCGCCUGGUGCGGGCAGCUGCCCUCAAGCUGGGUCAAGAGCUCUGCAGCAUGCUCCACCGGCCCAAACAUGCCUUGGUCAUCCGCAACCUGGAGGGCACCGAAUGCCAGGUCUUCAAGUCCAAGUUCAAGAACUGGGAUGACGUGUUGAAGGUUGAUUACACUCGCAAUGCCGAGGCAGUUCAACAGGUCGGUGGUAUCUCAGGCAAAGUGCAGAAAGAUGCGGAGAAAAAGGACCAAAUGAAGGCAGACCUCACAGCUCUUUUCCUACCCCGGCAGCCGCCUAUGCCCCUCAAUGAGGCGGAGCAGCUCAUGGAGGAAUGGAACGAAGACUUGGAUGGCAUGGAGGGCUUUGUCUUGGAAGGCAAGAAGUUUGCCCGCCUGCCAGAGGAGGAGUUUGGGCACUUUCACACUCAGGAUUGCUAUGUCUUCUUGUGCCGGUACUGGGUCCCUGUGGAGACUGAAGAUGAUGAGGAGAAGAAGAAGGGGACUGGGGCCAAAGAGACAGCUGAGGGGGAGGAGGCCGCCGAGGAGGAAGAGGAGGAGGAAGAGGAGAAGCAGCCGGAGGAGGAUUUCCAGUGUGUGGUGUAUUUCUGGCAGGGGCGGGAGGCCUCCAACAUGGGCUGGCUGACCUUCACCUUCAGCCUCCAGAAGAAAUUUGAGAAUCUCUUUCCCGGCAAGCUGGAGGUUGUGCGCAUGACGCAGCAGCAGGAGAAUCCCAAAUUCCUCUCCCACUUCAAGCGGAAAUUCAUCAUCCACAAAGGGAAAAGGAAAGCCCGGGAUGCCAAUCUUCAGCCCAGUCUCUACCACAUCCGGACCAAUGGAAGUGCCCUCUGCUCCCGGUGUAUCCAGAUCAAUACGGACUCCAGUCUUCUGAACUCAGAGUUCUGCUUCAUCUUGAAGGUUCCAUUCGAGAGCACCGAUAACCAGGGCAUUGUGUACACUUGGGUGGGACGAGCUGCUGACCCUGACGAAGCAAAGCUGGCUGAAGACAUUAUGAACCACAUGUUUGACGAUUCCUACAGCAAACAGGUGAUCAAUGAAGGGGAGGAGCCAGAAAACUUCUUCUGGGUCGGCAUCGGAACGCAGAAGCCCUACGAUGGAGACGCAGAGUACAUGAAACACUCCCGGCUCUUCAGGUGUUCCAAUGAAAAGGGUUAUUUCGCUGUGUCUGAAAAAUGCUCUGACUUCUGCCAAGACGACCUUGCCGAUGAUGACAUCAUGUUACUGGACAAUGGACGGGAAGUGUACAUGUGGGUAGGAACACAAACUAGCCAAGUGGAGAUCAAACUUAGCCUUAAAGCUUGCCAGGUCUACAUCCAGCACAUGCGCUCCAAAGAGACAGCCCACCCCCGAAAGCUCCGCCUGGUCCGGAAAGGGAACGAGCCGCCUGCCUUCACCCGCUGCUUCCAUGCCUGGAGCAUCUUCCGCAAACCCCCAGCCUAAAUGGGUUGGGCAGGUGCUGCCGCCAAGCUGAAGGGAACUUCCAAUGGGGUGGUGGACUUAGAGGGGGGUGCAGCAUGGGGAAGCCAGUAUAUUUAAAACACAAAUUGGACACCGUUAGGAAGUGGAGCUAGUACUAGCCCCUCCCGUUUAAAGGGAAAUCCUCUUUGUUAAUGCUGCUGUUUCUUUUCUCUCUAUAAAAGCCAAAUAUCCCCCCUUUUCCUCCUCCCACUUUGCUUGGUAAAAGGAGGUAGAUGUUACCUAGGACUCUUUUGUAUUGCAAAGUAAUUUGAAAGGGGAGGGGGCUUUUAAAACCCUGACUGGCGCCACAACUUCUCUCUCUAUAUAUUUUUAAGUUUGGCUUUUAUGCUGCACAGAACACAAGAGUUUGGCUUUUAGUCGACACACAAGACCCUUACUUUUUUGGGGAGUGAACACUAUUGAUUUUGGGUUUGGUUCUGGAGAGAGCCUAGCAGACAUCCCCAGAGAAAUGGUCCUCUUUUGUUGUGUGAAACUCACUAUAUGCCCUUUGAUACAAUGGUCAUGUUUCUAUAGAGGUGCAAAAGUGUGUGUGGGGGGGGAGUGGAAGUUAUUGUCUGCUUUUAAAGUUUUUUGAAGUUGCUAGUCCUCAGGGAAGGGAUAACGGGGGGAAAAGGUACAGUUUUUAAAUGGCUGUAUAAACUGCCUUCUGACACGCGAACGUUGGCCUGACAGAAAUGAACAAGGGUCAGGGGGAAGUGGAGUUAUGGUUGUAUCAUGUAUGGCUUUACCGUCGGAGAAACAGAAAAGAGAGUCUGGAUACCUACUAGUGUUGAGCUAGAGAAGGAAGGCAGGGUUGAGUCUUCCUAUAUUACCAAAAAAUAUCCCUCCAUGAAACACACCAUACCAGGGGCACCUGUAAAGGGAUGAGGAUGCUUCUGUUAGGCACAAGGCUUCUUAAAUGGUAGGUCCUCAAAUGGGCUUAGCCUCAGCCUGCUGGAAACAGAAACCCUGUGGUGCAUGCAAUCUGUUACUAUACAAGCAUCUGCAGCACUGGUUGCUUGGGGGCGGGGUCCCUUCCUGCUGCCAUGGGGCAUUGGAGGCAGGUACCUGUCGCCUGCAAGUUUCCAGCUUGUAGCCUGCUCUGUGAAUAAUUCCUUUUGAAUCAGAGGCUGGAGGCAUAGCCUUUGUGGGGGGGACAGUUGAGGUCUAUGCUGUGUCAAAGGGGCAACAGCCUAUUCAUAGCCCUGGACUUUUCUUGCUGGGGUGGGGAUGCCGCUAAGCUUCAGAGAGGGAAGUUAAAGCUGCCACUAGCCGUUUUCAAAUGCCCCCCCCCUGCCACCUGGUGAGGGUGGUCAGAUCUCCCCCCACUGCAUGAUGAAUAUCUUGCACGCUCUCUCUCAGAGGCACAGAACAGCUGCCCUUCAAAAUAGUGCUGUAAUUCCAGCAUGCAGAGGGAGUGAAAUUUAGACAUUUUCAGGCAGCUUCUAAGUGCGCCAUAGCCAUCGGCUGGUGUGGUUAACUCCCUGAUGGAGCACAGAAGCCUCCCUGGAACCUACUUAACUGAUUUGGCGAUAGAAAAAAUAGCAUGCAAGGCCUUCUACGGCGAAGCUCCUUUUUGGCUUUUUGGAGAGGCAAAAAGCUUCCCCUUUAGGAAGGCAACAUGGCGCUGACCCGCUCUUCCAGCAAAAGGUGUUAAUUGCAAGAACUUUACCUCACUGCGUUGCAGGGCCUGUCUCUUGCCACGUUUUUGCUAUCAAAGCAACCCUGUGGGCAACCUGUUCAGCCACUGGGACUGCAAGCUUUUGUAUCACAAAAAUAAAGUGCAAUCUUCAUUGAA